AUGGCAGGUGCACAAACUUUUCAAAAUCAUCUCCGAUCAAUAGUAAACAAACCAAUAUGGAAAAACAUUCGGUUCUACUGUUGUUAUUCCCGAAAAGAUGCGCGAAUCUUUUGGUAUUGUUAUGCAUUUGUGUUAAUCAUUCUAUUUAUUAUCUUCAUGAUUGCAUUCUUACGAAAACCAUCUGUAGCUAUCAACUAUUUACGAUGGUACAACGAUAGUUGUUCAACUGAUUUCAUCACAACAUCUCCCAUCAUCGAAUGCGAUCGAACAUUACGACUGUAUUGUAGUACAGUCACAAAUCAGUGUGCAUGUUUAAACAAUAUGUUUUGGAAUGGUUCAUUCUGCGAUUGUACAAUAGGUAUGUAUUACACAGACAAUCAUUGCCAAGAGCGACUCGUUUUUGGUCAAAUGUGUAAUUCACAAAGUGAUUCUUGUAUGGAAUACUUAACUUGUUCAAAAAAUACACAUCAAUGCGAUUGCCCAUUCGAUAGUUAUUACAAUCAAACUACAUGUAAUCCAAAGCUACCCUACAACGCUCUACAACCUUGUACCUUAGCAAGUCAAUGUGUUAGCGGACUUGUUUGCAGAUCAAAUGUAUGCACUUGUCUGUCAGGACAGUCUUGGAAUGGAAAUAUGUGCACCAAUUCUUCUACACAUGGUCAAUACUGCAUUACUAAUUCGGAUUGUGAUAGUUCAGCAUUGUUAAUGUGUAAUACAACUAAUUCGAAAUGCGUUUGCAAUCCAAAUUCGUUUUGGAAUGGGCAAAUAUGUCAUUCACGUCUAAAUAAUGGUUCCUUCUGUAACAAUACUCAACAGUGUUACUCCAAUUUGAUCUGUAUUAAUAACUAUUGCCAUUGUCCAUUGGUUAAUACUCAAUAUUGGUCAAGUCAAACCUCAACUUGUGAAUUAUGCUUUGGAGAAAAUCUCUUUCUCUACGAUGGAAUCUGUUACUAUAUUCCAUUACCAACAAAUGCAACCUUUGGCACGUAUACAGUACUUUCAUCUAUCUACAACUUACCAACAAUCGAAUACGACUAUCAGAUGACGUAUCUGCUUAUUCAAAAUGCACGUGUUUUCAAUUGGACAUCGAUCUUUUUUGCUACGUCGAAUCCAAUCGUCAAUUAUUUUCAAUGGUCAUCUGAGAAUAGUCUGAUCAAACCAAAUUACCUUUGUAAUGGAACUGUAACGUCAAACUACGUUGGUUAUACACUUUCGUUGAAACUCGAAACAUACGCAUCGUGUCUUCGUGCCCUCCCAAGUUCAACUACUGGGCAAUUAGUUUAUCAGUUAAAUCGUUAUGUCUAUCAUGUUCGAUAA